GUAAGACGACAGAGAAGAGCUUCCUGUCUCCCCUGGCUCUCUAAAAAUGGCGGACACGUGUGGCCAAGUAUUACUGGGAUCAGGGCUUACCGUCCUCUCUCACCCUCUGAUGUACAUUAAAGUCCUGAUCCAGGUAGGACAUGAACCACUCCCUCCCAGCCUGGGCAGGAACCUGUUUGGCAGGCAAGUGUACCAACUUCCUGGACUCUUUGCUUACGCAAAACACAUCAUCAAGAUUGAUGGAAAAGCAGGUCUCUUCAAAGGGCUCGGUCCAAGGCUCUGUGCCGGUACCAUCGGCACUGUGGUGCACAGCAAGGUUGUGCAGAAAUGUCAGGAACAAGGCACACCCCAGGUGCUGGGCAGUCAGCAGAAGGCUGCAGACGGCUCCCUACAGUACGUUGUUAACGAGACAACCAAAGAGAUGAUAGCUCGCUCCUGUGCCACUAUUGUCACACACCCCUUCCAUGUGAUUACUUUGCGAUGUAUGGUCCAAUUUAUUGGAAGAGAAACAAAAUACAGUGGAGUGUUUGACUCCAUUGUCACUGUCUACAGAGAAGAAGGAGUACUGGGAUUCUUUGCCGGUUUGAUUCCUCGCCUGCUCGGUGAUGUCCUGGCUCUGUGGAUUUGUAACCUCCUGGCCCAUGUCAUCAAUACAUAUGCCAUCGAUGACUCGAUGAGUCACACAGGAGAAAUCAAGAACUGCUCUCAGGCUGUGACAGGGUUCUUUGCCAGUAUGCUCACGUACCCUUUUGUUUUGGUGUCAAACCUCAUGGCUGUCAAUAACUGCGGGCUCGCUGGAGGCCUGCCCCCCUAUGCAUCUGUAUACCCCACCUGGGUGGACUGCUGGAGGCAUCUAAGCAGAGAGGGAAACAUGAGCAGAGGCAACAGUUUAUUUUUCCGGAAGAUUCCAGCAGGAAAGAUGUACGCAAUUGAGCAGAAGAGAUUUUUUUAAAGCCGGCAGAGAAACAAGCAAAACAACGUUGUGAUAAAAAAAUCUACAUUGCCUGAUCUGGGGGUGGACAGUCAGCACUCAAUUUAUUUUGUUUUGUAUGCACUUCUUUACUGAUUUUUUUUAACCUGCAACUAUGUGAAAUUAAUCAUGAAUUUUAUUUUUUGGGCAGGUUUUGAUUACAGAAAUUUGCAGAUUGAAAGUUUUGGAAGGCACAGAGAAGCAGAUUUAGUCAUCUUUCUUUAUAAAAAGCUACGAGUCAAACAUCUGAGUAAUGCUAACAUUGGUAACCAAUGUGAACAGGCACCUCCCAUGUGUUUUUUAAAUACAGAAUAUCUAUUGACAAUGACUCCCCUUCAUACGUGUGAUGGGAUUUGUUUGUUGAAAUAGCAUUUCAGUCUGCAUGUGGUAAUGUCUAAUAAUACACGUUAAUGAUUGAGUGGGACCUCUUGUUAUGUGGUAUUGUCUUGUGUUAAUUAUUAUGAAGCUCAUUUUCUGGCAGGCGUGUAAUGCUAAUGAACAAAGGGAAAAGCUUGUAGUUGUUUUUUUUCUCAAGCAUGUGUGGAUUUAGAGACAGGAAAGUGACGCCUGAGCUGACCAAACUCUCAGCAGUCUGAACGGCCAAGUGCUUGUAUCAACUCAUUCUGACUGACCCAAAUAAAUCAUACUUUUUUGACCUUG